AUGAAGGCUUUUCUGUCCGCCCUUGUUUCGGCUUCCUUUCUUGCCGGCGCUGUCUCGGCUCAGGCUCGAAACAGCAAGAACCCACACCCAGCACACACGCAAGUCGACACGCUAACACGUUCAGACAACACCGUCUCCCACGCACCCUCUCUGAUCGACCCUCGAACCUUGUAUCCGCAGCGGGUCAUCCUCCCCGACCAAGGCUUCCCGGGCCUUCACCGGAACUGGGACCCUCCCAUCGACAGCGGCGAGCAAUCAUAUAUCGGCACCGGCCGGCUCAAGGGCCGCAAGGCCCUCAUCACGGGCGGCGACUCCGGCAUCGGCCGAGCCGUCGCCAUCGCCUACGCCCGCGAAGGCGCCGAUGUCACCAUCAAUUAUCUCCCAGAAGAGCAACCCGACGCCGACGAGGUAGCCGCACUAGUCGAGGCCGAAGGCGUCCGCUUCUUCGCCAUGCCCGGCGACCUCCGCAACGAAACCUUCUGCACGAGCCUCGUGCACCGCGCGCACGAAGCCAUGGGGGGCCUCGACAUCCUGGUCAGCAACGCAGGCUACUUCGUCCAGCACUUCAACAUCUCCACCCUCUCCACCGCGCAGAUCCUCCAAACCUUCGAAGUCAAUGUCUUCGCCUCCUUCUACCUCGUCCGCGCCGCCGCGCCCCUCCUCCCGCCAGGCUCCUCCAUCAUCUUCACAUCCUCGGGCAUGGCCCGCCGCCCGCACGGCGCCGCCGUCGACUACGCCGCGACCAAGGCCGCGCUCGUCUCCAUGGCGCAGACCCUGGGCUUGCAGCUGGGCCCGCAGGGCAUCCGGGUCAAUGCGGUCGCGCCGGGGCUCACGGCUACCAACUUCCUCACGUCGCAUGGCCUGACGACUGAGAACGCGGAUACGGUCGCCGCCCAGCUGCCGUUGGGGAGGAUUGCGCAACCCGCGGAGAUCGCGCCGGUUUAUGUGAUGAUUGCCGAGGGGAGCAGCUCGCAGUCGAUUGCGAGUGCGUACGGGGUUAAUGGGGGGAAUCUUUCUUUUUAG